UAUGUUUUAACCGGUUAUUUGAAAAUAAAAUUCAGUAAUCGGUUUCCUUUAUAUAUUUUUUUUUCCGAGAUUGGUUUCCUGAAUGGCUGACUGCGAUUUACCUUGGAACUGGCCUCCCGAUAAAUGCGUAUCCCGAUCGGGUGUCUUUUUACUUGCGUUUUGAAUGUAUUGCUUGUCGACUGCCUCUACUUCAUUCUAUGUGAUCGCCUGCUCGGAUUUGACUUUGCAUAGACAUAUAUCUGAAACCGCGUUCAUCACAUUGAAAAAACAGCAGUGAUCAGCUCGAUAUUUAGCACUUUUUGGGCCCGAGAUAUGGCAAUGGUAGUUAGCGUGUGGCGAGAUCCGCAGGAAGACGUGGCCGGAGGAACUCUAAGCGGCCCUAACCCAGCAACUCAGCCGGCGAGGGAGCAUCAGCAGGCGGCGUCUGCAGCACCACACACUCCGCAGACCCCUAGUCAGCCUGGACCUCCGUCAACGCCCGGGACAGCUGGCGAUAAGGGACAUAGCCAGAAUUCUGGACAGAGUCAGCAUAUUGAAUGUGUGGUUUGCGGAGACAAAUCCAGUGGCAAACACUACGGUCAGUUCACCUGCGAAGGAUGCAAAAGUUUCUUCAAGAGGAGUGUCCGCAGGAACUUAACUUAUACAUGUCGUGCCAACAGGAACUGUCCAAUCGACCAACACCAUCGCAACCAGUGCCAAUAUUGUCGGCUAAAGAAAUGUUUAAAAGUGGGCAUGCGGCGGGAAGCGGUUCAGCGAGGAAGAAUGCCUCCAACCCAGCCUAACCCAGGCCAGUACGCGCUGACUAAUGGGGACCCUCUGAACGGCCAUUGCUAUCUUUCCGGAUACAUAUCGUUACUUCUCCGGGCCGAGCCUUAUCCAACCUCCCGAUACGGCAGCCAGUGCAUGCAGCCCAACAAUAUAAUGGGCAUCGAAAACAUCUGCGAGCUGGCGGCUCGCUUGCUCUUCAGUGCCGUGGAAUGGGCCAGGAACAUCCCUUUCUUCCCAGAUCUACAGAUUACGGACCAGGUGUCUCUUCUCCGGCUGACAUGGAGCGAGUUGUUUGUGCUGAACGCUGCUCAGUGUUCGAUGCCCUUGCACGUGGCCCCGCUGCUCGCCGCGGCCGGCCUGCACGCCUCCCCAAUGUCCGCGGAUCGAGUCGUGGCUUUCAUGGAUCACAUUCGAAUCUUUCAGGAGCAGGUUGAGAAGCUUAAAGCCCUCCAUGUCGACUCGGCAGAGUACAGCUGCAUUAAAGCAAUAGUGCUCUUCACGUCAGACGCGUGUGGCCUGUCGGAUGUGGCUCACAUCGAAAGCCUUCAGGAGAAGUCUCAGUGCGCUCUCGAGGAAUACGUGAGGAGCCAGUACCCGAACCAGCCCAGUCGCUUUGGAAAGCUUUUGCUGCGACUGCCUUCCCUCCGUACCGUUUCCUCGUCGGUAAUCGAGCAGCUCUUUUUCGUCCGCUUGGUAGGUAAAACUCCCAUUGAAACCCUCAUACGGGAUAUGCUGUUGUCCGGGAGCAGCUUCAAUUGGCCUUACAUGUCCAUUCAAUGAUACGAAUGAGAAUUUUUCAAAGAAAGAAAAAGGAAGGAAAACAGGACCAAAUUGCAACAGCCCCAACGAGAGGACUGGAUUCCAAAUGAACAUUGUGGACGGACCUAAUUUCUGUGGAAGACCUCCAUCAAAUCCCCCAUUCUCUUCUUCCGUGGAGAUGGAAUAGGCCUACAUGAUGUACAGAAAACGAGGAACUUGACUUCAAUGUAAACCCACUCACCUCUGCAAGAACACUGGUCUUCAAUUUGUAAAAUACAAGUCUUUAUUUUCAUUUUUGUACAAAACAAUA